GGGUUUUGAAAUGACACGAUUGGUAGGAAAUAAAUUUAACUCACUUUAUACUCUCACACUCAUGAUUUUCACAGUAAAAACACACUAAAUCCGACUAAAAGACCUCCACAUGCUGAGUCCAAAGAGUGAUGCUUCUGGAGAUGAUAGCUCUCCGGUAAUUGCACAAGUGGAAAACAAUUUCGGAAAUGAAAAUAAAGCUCCACCUAUUGGCUGGAACAUUGAAGAUAAGGAUGGCCAGGUUCCUAAUAACCCGAUUCCCGGCUACCUAAAAGAGAUCCAUCUGAGUCAUAAGCAGAUCAGCAAGCGCUUCACUGAGCUUCUGAAUUUGUUCGAAGACUACACCAAACUUUUAGACAGCGAGCAUGUGCAUCAUGUUGGCGUUCCAUUCCGGCUGAAGCGAGUCCUAUCCGAGCAAUUAGCUUUGAAGGCAGAAGAUGAAAAUUUGGAGCAGAGAGCAUCAUCAAGUCUCACUCAACUAUCGGAUGUUACGUUGAAACCCUCUUGUGAGGUGAGCAGUCAGACUUCUUGGAGUGCCGUGGAUCAGAAACAAGCCGAAGGUACCGAUUUGGAGGCCAAGUUGGCCGCUGUGGGCAGAACUGUUGACCCGGAAAGGGAGAAGCCGAGCAAGGUCCUGCAGCACACGAUCCACAUCGAGGUGGAGUCGGUGACCUCGGCCACGGAUAUGCAGAGGGCCCCGCUGCGCCAAAGGAUGUGGCAGGUCCUUGUGCAGACUGGGGAUACGAUAGUCGCCGGCGCCUACUUGAUUGGCGAGAACAUAACCUUUGCCCUUUUCAUUGUCCUGUGCAUGUGGUGCCUUUACUUGUUGUUGAGUCACUUCUAUGGCUUCCUGCACACCAAUGUCAACCAGCAGAUCGACUUGAAGCGCAGCUUGGUGCGCGGGCCUCAGCCCAAACCGUUGGGAUAAAAGCUUUAGUUUCGAUCUUGAUUGAUUAAAUAAAAACACUGGCUAUUUGGAAUAUUA